UGAAUGCGGGAAGGGAGCUUCAUUCGUCACUGCUGGCCUUCAUUCACACAUAUAAUCGCAAUCUCAGCUUAUAAACACUCUACAUCCUUCCACCUUCUCUCUUUUAUUAUUUCAUGUAAAUCAAGAUUAGGGUUUUUCUCAAUUCGCCCUGUACAAUUUUAAACCAGAAAUUAUUUUCUUAUUCAUUUCCCUCUCCCCGCUGUGGCAAUAAUAGGGAAGCUAUUUUUCGUGCUGCUAAUCCGGUUUCUCACAAUAAAUUGAGAACGCAUUAGGGUUAGGGUUUUAAAUUCUUUUGCAUUUUAUUUGAAAGAACAUGGAGAGUACGCGCAGAUCCUUGGACAGAUCGAGAGAACCGGGUCCCAAGAAGCCAAGAUUGAUCGACGAACUCAGCUCACGACAGUUACCUCAACGCCAACAAGGGUCUGGGGCAGUUGCCACGUUGGCGUCUGCGAGAUUUCGAACCAAUGACAGAGACUCAGAAAACAGCGAUUUGGGUCGUGGCGGUGGCGUUGGCGGCUACCACCCUCAGCCUCCGCCACACCAGGAACUUGUGGCUCAGUACAGGACCGCUCUUGCUGAGCUAACUUUCAAUUCGAAGCCCAUAAUUACCAAUUUGACUAUUAUUGCCGGAGAGAAUCAAUCUGCUGCCAAGGCAAUUGCUGCAAUUGUUUGUGCUAACAUUCUAGAGGUUCCAAGUGACCAAAAACUGCCAUCUCUUUAUCUCUUGGACAGUAUUGUUAAGAAUAUCGGGUGGGAUUAUAUAAAAUAUUUUGCUGCCAGACUGCCUGAGGUAUUCUGCAAGGCAUACAGACAGGUUGAUCCUUCUGUCCAUUCAAGUAUGAGACAUCUUUUUGGAACUUGGAAAGGAGUCUUUCCUCCUCAAUCCCUUCAGAUGAUUGAGAAGGAACUUGGCUUUGCACCUGCCGUCAAUGGUUCAGCUUCGGUAUCUGCUACUACAGUCAGGAGUGAUUUACAGUCACAACGCCCGCCACAUAGUAUCCAUGUGAAUCCCAAGUAUUUAGAAAGGCAGCGUCUUCAGCAGUCAAGUGGGAGUAAAGGAGUUAAUGAUAUGACUGGAGCUAUUUUAAGCUCAAAUGAGGAUUCAGAGAGGCCAGAUAGAGCCUUGGGUCCGUCACGACCAUGGUUGGAUCCUAGGAUCAACAUGCAGAAUAAUCAGCACACCCAUAGAGAUGGAUUUAGUGAUUCUGUUCUCGGAAAGACCAUUGGUGGAUCAUGUGGGGGCAGUGAAUAUAGUUCUGGCAUUUCAAGUAAUUUGAUUUCAGGGGCUGGAAGAACUGGAAGUAGGCUCGUUGAUUUAGGAAAUGAAAAACCAUGGUUCAAAACAGGUGAUGAUGUAGAAACCAUAUCUGGGCAAGGAAAUGGUAUCGGUCUCAAGCGCAGUUUUUCAAAUCAUGAAGCACCGAAGUCCAUUAAUUUGGAUGCACAUCGUCAGCCAAGACAAGACAUAACUAACAUACAGAGCAAUGUGACGUCAGGUAACUGGAAAAAUUCUGAAGAGGAGGAAUUCACGUGGGAUGAAAUGAACUCUGGUUUGACUGAUCAUGGUCCCAAUGUGUCAAGCAAUUUGAGCACAGACUCGUGGAUGGCUGAUGACGAAAAUUUGGAAGGUGAAGAUCAGAUCCAAAUUACACGCCCUUUUGGGGCAAAGGUUGAUAGAGAAAUACCCACCGCUAAGAAACAAGUACCUGGUUUUGGUGGCCAUCCACCGUCAUCAUGGCAAUUGCAGAGGCAACACUCGGUUGAUAAGCUGAAUCUGAAGCCAGGUUACUCAGAAGGAUUUGUGUCUACUCUCAGUGGUUUACCUACCAAUGCAAGUUCAUUGGCUGCCAAAAAGGGAAACCAAUCUUUUAUGCCGAAUGCAGUAGUAGGAACGGCCAAAAUUGUGGGACAACAAUCUGAUUCGGGGGAUACUGAAUCCCCUUCUGGGCAGUCACCUUUGCGACAACAGUCUCCAUCACUGUCGGCAACAGUACACCAUCAUUCAAUGCAAAAUUUGGUUGAGCAAGAAAUGCCCCAGAAUCUCAAAACAUCUCAAUUUUUGGGAGGUCCAAGAAGUCAACAUAUUAGAGAUCCAUCACCUACCCUUCGUCCCAUUGUUCAGGUUAGUAACUUGCGAAGAUCACAGGAAAAGGACUCGCAGGGCUCAUUAUCUUCUGUAACUUCUAUUCGACCAAAGCUUCAGCAACAAAAGCUGGGCCCUUCUCCGACUGAAGUUACUGCUAAAACUAAGUUGCCCCAGUCUAAAAUUUCUUUAGCCAGAGAAACUUCAGAACAGUUGACCACAGUUAAUUUGCCAGCUGCAGCUAACAAGAGUGGAAUUAUCCCCAAGAAAUCAAUUACCAGUAAUCUGGAUCCAAGGAAUCUUCCAUCUCAGUCUGGGGUUCAGCCUACUCGGUCUGGUAGGUCUUCUACCCCAUUAAUUUCUUCAGGAUCUGCAGUUGCAUCACCAUCUUCAAUAGAUCCUCUGCAUAACGAAUCAUCUGCACUGCCAAAAAAACUUCAAGGAAAGGCUGGGCAACCACCACGAAGGCUUUCUACUCAACCACCUGCGUCCUCUAAUGUGAGCAGUUCCUCAGCUCCGAGCUUAAAUGCUACCAAUAAUAAUAACUUAAAUCCAUUUAAAAACCUCUUAAGCUCAUUGGUUGCAAAGGGUUUGAUAUCUGCCGAAACAGAAUCGCCAACUGUGGUACGAAGUGAGGUGCCGCUGGGUUCCAAAGAUCAAACUGAAAUCAGUACCACCUGUAGCUCUUUACCAGUUACAUCAGUUUCUGGUUCUGUAGCUGGCCUGGUAUCUUCUUCCAUAGAUGAGGUAGCCGCUGCUACAAAACCCCCUCUUGCAUUACCUCAAUCAACUAGCAUGGAAAUCAGAAAUCUCAUUGGCUUUGAUUUUAGACCUAAUGUAAUUAGAGAUUUCCAUCCACUUGUAAUUAGUGAAUUAUUGGAUGAUUUCCCUCAUCACUGCCAAAUUUGCGGUAUUAGGCUUAAACUAGAAGAACAGUUAAAUAGACACUUGGAGUGGCAUGCCUCAAGAGAACAACAUGGUCUAAUUAAUGCAUCAAGAAGUUGGUAUCCAAAGUCAAGUGUUUGGAUUUCUGGCAAGGCAGAAUAUUCACCCGAGCUUGAGUUUACCGACUCUGUUGGUGUAUAUGACAAGGAAACAGACAGCAGUGAAUUUGAUACGAUGAUUGUAACAGAUGAAAACCAAUGCUUGUGUGUUUUGUGUGGCGAGCUAUUUGAAGAUGUGUACUGUCAGGAAAGGAACGAGUGGAUGUUCAAAGGGGCCGUUUACAUGAACUACUCAGAUAUCAAUAGUGAGAUGGAAAGUAGAAAUGUGGGCCCCAUCAUUCAUGCCAAAUGCUUAUCAGAGAACUCAACUAUCAUCAAUUUGGAUAAUGAUCGAUGAUUUACUUCUAUAGCAUUUGAGCUAUACCGUAGUCAUACCAAGGGUACCCACCCAGUUUCACACUCCAUACUAAAUUUUGAUCGUCCUUUAUACUGGAAUUUAUUGCCUCAACUGGUCAACAGGGCGGUCUAACAAAUUUUGUUUCUUUUUCCUCUUGUACCCGGGUAAAAAAUUACGUAGUGUUCAAAAUAUAUUAAUGCUGAGAUAGAUUUUUGCGGCAAAAAUUGCUCUUUGAUGUGGUUGUGUUAAAAUUAUAUCACUUUGUAGAGACGGUUUUGGUGUAUUUAUCGUAUCUCACGAUAAUAGUAGGCAAAGAACCGAGGACAUGGUAGUCUGAAUUA